GUGAAAAUGAGGGAGAGUUUUUGUUACAUAUAUUUCUACUAACACUGAUAUUUUUAAACUAUACUUCUGAGGGUGGAUUUGUGAGGACAGACAGAAAUGAACACCUGAUGACUCCAAACACACACAUACACACACACACACACACACACACACACUCAAAGCAGCAGCGACAGAGGGACAACGAUGGGGGGGCAGAGAUGAAGAAACAUCAGAGCUGAAUCAGACUCUAACCCAGUUCCUCUUCAGUGAAGCAGGUUAAAAAACAUAAAAGAAAAAGAGUUCUUUGUAGAGAUUUAAAGAACAACGGAUGGACUACACCAACAUUUCAACAUCAUGACGGCAGCUACAAAGCUUUUGGACGAGCUAUGUCUCCUAUCCGCGCAGUCCCUGCCUCUGAUGGACACAUCGGAGCAUUUUCAGGUCCUGAAGCUUCUAGGAGAAGGUUCUUAUGGAAGAGUGAUGCUGGUCCUUCACAGGAAGAAUGGUUCACCAAUGGCACUGAAGUUCUUCCCUCGUGAGUCCACUCGUCUCCUCUCCUUCUUGCAGGAGUACAACUUCUCUCUGUCCUUCUGUUCUCACCCAUCCCUCACUAGAGCUCUGGGAAUCGUCUACUCCACACCUUCUCACUACAUAUUCGCUCAGCAGGCCAGUCUCUUUGGUGACCUCUACGACCUGAUCCAGCCUGAGGUUGGCCUGGAGGAGGAGCUGUGUCAGCGAGUAGUGUCCCAGCUCUGUGGGGCCUUGUCUCAUCUACAUUCGCUGGGUUUUGUCCACAGAGACGUAAAACCAGAGAACAUUUUCCUGUGUGAUGCAACCUGUCACUGGGUAAAACUGGGAGACUUUGGAAAGGUCAAGGCCAGAGGAAGCACUGUUCCUGAAGUCUGGUACAGUUCUCCCUACUGCCCUCCUGAGGCUGAGGUUGCUCGAGGAAACCAAGACAGCUGGAGCGGUAUGAACAGCAAGAACAAUGGUGUUCUGAAGGAUGACGAGACAAAAAUGCAAAAGUCCAGAGUUUGGGUUUCAGUAGAACCUGGUACUGACAGCUGGGCCCUAGGAAUCCUCACAUAUGCCAUGUUGACUGGAACUCAUCCCUGGGCUGAAACUGCCAGUGACUGCUGCUCAUUUCUGAAAUACAGAGAGUGGUUUGACAGAGUAAAAAAACAAGAAGAACCAAAGAAGAACACUCAGAGUUCUGUUGAUCCAGUUGAAGGAGCAGUGGUGAAGAAGAGAAUGGCUGCAGCUCCACAGUUCACCUGCUUCACUCCACUUGCCUGUUCCUUCUUCCAGUCACUGCUGGAUCCCAGACCUCACAUUCGUGGAGGACCUGAGGAUGUUCUUCGAUUCCUUGGUGGGGACUGGUUAAUGGAGAAGGAGAAGAUGAGGCUGGAGAAGGAGAGAAAGAGGAAACAGAAACAGCACUCUGAAGGAAUUUAAAUUUGAACCUUUUUUGUUGUUUUUCUUCACAAAACUUUGAUGCUGAAAACAGUAAAAUGAGAAUUAUUUUAGACACAAAUGUUUUUCUUCACGACAUUAUUUUUUGAGGCUUUUGUGAACAUCUUUUAAAUAAACAGAUUGGAGAACUAGCGAAGUCAUAAAAAUUCUUCAUAAGUUUAUUUUUGUCCAACACGUCAGUGUGAAAACUUCAACACGUCCUCGACUCACUUGCUUCAACUUCACUCAGACUUUUUUUAGAGUCAUACAUUGCCCAGUGUAAAAUGUCAGUGUGGGAUACAAAGUGUUCAUGGACAGCAGCUGUGAACACACACAGAGAGAGAGAGAGAGAGACAGACUCAACUGCUAAAUAAAUGGUAAACUAUUAAUGACUGUGUUAAAGUAUGACACACUGGCUGUUCAUGUUUCAAACCUUUCCACAAAAAAUCAAAUUUUAGCACUUUCUGUGGGAAAGUCUGUGAUUUCUCUUGUUUAUAUUACUUUUUGAUCAGAGUUUCUGAUCCAGUCAGUCAGUGGACGAGGGUUUCGGGUGUACCAGUAGAGGGCCUUAGUGAGUACACGCUGCUGAGAGGUGCCAAUGUCUGGAGGUGAAGAAUCCUGAUAUUCAUCUGCUCAUUUUUAUGUUUUAUUUCUCACAUUUUAACAUUAAAGUUUUCAAACUGUUUUUGACAAUUAAAGUACCUAAUUAUGAAUAACUUAAAUUUAAUGAUUUAUCACUAACCAUAACAGUAAGAGAAAUAAAAAAGGCAAAAAAAAAAAAAAAAAAAGAUGGGUUGCUGGAAGUUUUCUGCAGAAGCUUAUCUUCUGUAAAAAAAAAAAAAAUAAAUAACUGAUGCAUUAAUGGACGGGUCAGUGGUCAGUGGGUCAGAGGUUUUGUUGGCCCAGUGUCAACAGGCUGCAGUUUGUGCCAACAGACUGUCUGGUCUACAUGAAGUUGAUCACAGAAGCAGCCUGUGACAGCCACUCACUCAGCCUCCAGAGAAACACAUCACAAAGAUACUUGUCAGCCUCCUAACCAGUUCAUCAGAUCUAUAUCAGCCUUAAUCUGUCUGAAUUUAGCCCAGAGACAGCGGAGCUUAUCGAUCUACUGCACAGUUUGUGUUUGUGUGGAUUUACCUCAGUGACACAAACUUACUACAGACGGCAGCAGAUGCUCCUGUGGACAUUCUGUGGACUUUCAAUGUGAGCUAAGAUGAUCAUUCCUCUGAAAGACAGAGUGAUGUCAGGAAGUACAGUGGGGGGUUCAUCUAUGUCUGUAGAUUCAUCAGCUUUUUUUUGUAUGAUCUGGGGGCAGAGGGAUCUGGGGCUCAAGGGUCCACGAGCAAUGGCUCUGGUCCAAAGUUUUGACCUUCAUUUGAUCUAAUGAAUGAACAGAAUGUGUCUUGUUUGCCAGAACCAUCGUGGUCGUAAUGUUAACAGUCAGAGAGUUAACAUUAUGACCAUGAUGAGGAUGAAAUGCUUGUGCUACUGUUCAGGAGGUCAGGUUAAUAAAAGUCUGGAUUUAUCAGUGAUAAAUGUUUGGCCAAACCCAUGAAGUGUCUCAUAGACAUCUUGAUGUCAGGACCAUUCACCUCUACAACAAAAUGUAGACAUACCACGACAAUGUCCAGAAACAAAAAGAUGUUGAUAAAAAAAAAAAAAAUUUUAAGACCCCUGUCCAACUCUGCAAGUAUUCUGUCCAAAAUGUCUCUCAAAAUGUCCUGAUGUCAAUCUUUGAAGAGCUGAAAACCAUCACAACUCAACAAUGUGAAAAAAAAAAACAAACAUUAUAAAGAA